AUCCUUAACAUUUACUUCUUGUUUUGACACUUGACCACAAGCUUUAUGGAGUAAUAACAGAAUGCGAGCCAUCUUGUCAGCGGCCAUUUAUUCCAUUAUAUCUGUUGCAGUACAAGCGUUUUUUAGAGAGGCUUAUAACCAUAAUGUGGACUACACGCCAUUGUUUAUGGAUGAUAAGGAGAUAGACCACACUGUGGAUUGCUUGCUGGAGAAAAUACCAUGUCCUGAGUACCAGCAACAUAAAGAAUGGUUUCCAUUCCUCGUAAAAGGCAACUGCGGCUUUUGUAACCCGAUACAGAAGGCGAGGUAUCACGCCACGAAGGCUUUCGUCAAAGAAAAGUACCCGCACCACUACAGAGCAUUGGAGAAAAAAUUUCUUGGCUAUUAG